AUGCAGGGUUCGAACCCUGCAUUCCAAACCCUGCACUUACUGGAGGAACCACACAUGUUUGCGGGAGUCAAAGUCGUGGUGAGAGUCAGCAGGAGGCAGUGAGAAGUGUCUUGGAUCUCUUACCGUCUUCUUGCUUGUGUUGUCAGAGCCAAGAUGGCGACGGGCGGCGGAAGAAGUCCAAGAAGGACAAGAAGUCCAAGAAGAGCCGCAGACGGGAUGACGAUGCGUCAGACUCAUCAGGAGAUGACGCUGCUCUCGCUGCAGCUCCCGAUGUAGACGCCAAGGUACGAAGCACUCGAUGAGUGAGGAAUGAUCAACCCAGUGAGUGGCUUCUGGUGCGGGUGCUGCUGUGCUUCAUGCAGGAUGGCGAUUCGCGAGGCGCACGGGACGACUGGAUGCUCUCGAACAAGGAGGUGAGGGAGCCAGAUGACGGCACUCGACCAUCGAUUGGUUGCUGAUACAUACAUGGCUCGGUGUGCUGGCUAUCAGGAUGGCGAUGCGUGGCUUGAUUCGUUGGGCAGUGAGGUCAAGAAACCAGACAUACUCGAGGAGAAGAGGAAACAGCAGGAAGCGGUAGGGACGAUAGAUAAACACACACACACACACACAGUCCCACACAGUCACACCAGUCUGGCUGGUGGUGGAUGGACUUGUGCUUAUCUGCAGGCUGAGAAGGCCAUCCAUCCCCUGGAGCUCAACCCGUACCUUCGCAAGCCACCAGAAGGUGACCGACCACACGCGGCCGUCUCUCUGACCACACCGAAGAGUUCGAAACUCUCUGCCAUUUGACGUGUCAUCAGGUGGCGAGAGGCCAGGCGAGACUCCCGAAUCAGACGGCCCCUCGUCUGGCGCCGGCAACGUCCCCGCACACCUGUGUGUGGGCGACGGCGGACGCAGGUGGCGAAACAGAGCCAUCAGGCGCGCUAAGGAACAGGUAUGUUGCCGGCCGACUACACGUGCCUGUUGAAGGGCUUCCUGUCAGUCUUUCCUGUCGUUUCUCAUGCGUCAGGCUGAGGCCACUGGUGCCUCUGUGGAUGAGGUCGUGGGCGAGCAUUUCGGGGAGGGCUUCCGCGAGCGUGACAGGCGUGACGACAGGGGCGGGGACGACAGGGGCAGGGACCACAGGGGGAGGGGUGACAGGGGGUGGGAGAGGAGGAGGGAUCGCAACAGGGACUGGGAGGACCGCAGAGAUCGCAGAGACGACGAUCGCGACUGGAGAGAACGGAGGAGAGACCAGGGUGGGCUGACACGCGCUGGGAGAGUGCACCCAUCAUAGACACACAUGCACACCUGUAUGGCCUGUUUAUUGUCCGUGCAGAUUCGUCUGAUCGGAGGGAGCGUCGCGGGCAGGGCUGGCGGAGGUCGCAGGACGACAGGCGGGAGACCGACGGCCCCAGCAGCGACAGACCCCCGCCCCCCUCCAACGGCCAGCCAGCCCCCAUGGAUGUCGACGAGUCCCCGAUGGACCAUUUCACCGCCCUUAAGGCGAGAUACACGCCUGCCGCGCAAGAAGCGCAGCCGUCACAAGACGACCAGCAGCCAGAGACCUCUGAGAAGCCCAGAGGCGAGGAGGAGGGGGGCGCGGCGGACUACUCGAGCAUGAAUGCAAACGAGCUGUCUUCGCUAGCGAUGAAGGCCAUGUUGGCGGGCAACAUGGACGAGUACCACCGGCUGAACGCGGCGCUCAAGCUGAAACAGACCAGCGACCACCUCAAGCCGAAGGCCCCCACCCCUGAGCAGCCGUCCGGUGCACGUGCCGGCGCCAGUGCUGGCGGUGCUGGUCAGCGCGUCGAGGUCAUCGAGGAAGUGGACAGUGCCGGUGAGAGAGGACGUGCACAGCACAGACGGUGUGCGACGAGCGGUCCCUAUGUAUGUUUGUGUCGUGGUGUCAGGUCGCAUGCGGACAAUGGUGUCAUCCGUGGCUCAGUCUUCCGCCCUGGCCAAGGGCAAGAAACGCCUCACACACGAAGAGGGAAAGAGGUAAGCGCCCCACCGACACACCACGCAGUACCAAACGCGCCUAUCGCUGCACCAUCGUCAAUUGUGUCUGUGUGUUUCCGUUCCAGCUACUAUGCGGAUGAUGCGGUGUCGCUGGAGCAGCUGCUGCGCCGCGAGAAGGUGGAGGGCGUGCAGGACUAUGACGCCAACUACGCGGGAUACAUUGUCAGAAAGUAAGACAGCCCGGUCACAAUCAACGCAGGAGGGGGGCCCGCCAUUGAUCCGCGUCUGUGGGUGUUGCCUGUCUGUCGUAGGGGCAAGCGCUUCAAGGAGCUCCAUGAGGAUGAGGACGAGAGCUAUGCUUUGGGGCGAUAUGAGUCGCGGGAAAAGGUGGCCGACCCGCGCAAGAAGGCACACAAGGAGCGGCAGAGGCUCGUACGAGACAAACAACGGCUGCAAAAGAAGAGGUUAGCCGACCUUCUCGCACACGUGCACCCAUCGUGUGCACUGCAUGGUUUGUCUGUUGUGCGUGUGGUGAUGCAGUGCGGAUUGCUCGUUCUGCAUGGAAAGCGACAAGUUCGCUGGGCGUCUCGACUGCCUCAUAUCGCAGUCGUUCAAGGUGUAUCUGUGCUUCCAGUCCUUCAGCCAGGCCUCCUUCGACCCCCACCUCUUCAUCGCACCCAUCCCCCACGUCGGCAGCGUCACCAACCUGGACGAGGACGUCUACGACGAGCUGCGCAACUACCAGAAGUGCCUGGUGCGCUACUUCGACGCCCGCAACCAGGCGCCCAUCUUCAUCGAGACGGUGCGGUUCUUCGUCUCGCCCGAGAAGGCCAUGAUGGGCGGCGGGCCGCACACCAUUGUGGAGGUGGUUGCCGUGCCGGCCGACAGGCUGCAGGAGGCCAAGACCUACUUCAGCAAGGCCUUCGGCGAGAGCGGGUCCGAGUGGUCGCAGAACAAGAAGAUCGUGCCGACGAGCGGCAAGACCGGAGUGAGGGGUCGCAUACCGAAGAACUUCCCCUACGUCCACGUCGACUUCUCGCUGAGUGAGGAGGACUGAGACCUACUAGUGUGCUGGGAGGUGAAUGAAAUCGGUGUCUGUGUAUGUGUCAGCUGAGGGCCUGGGCCACGUCAUUGAGGAUACCGAGGAGUUCCCCAGGUAUGUGAGUCGGAAGCCACCCGGCAUACGAGCGGAUGGCACAUGGCUGCGCGUAUGGGUGUGUCAGGAACUUUGCUCGUGACGUGCUGCUGGGCAUGUUGGAGAUGACCUCGAUGGACAAACCGUUCGUCGACAAAAAGUAAGUGCUGGAGAGCAGGUCUACGAUGCUCAGGCAAUCGCUGUGCAUGGGCACCUCCCUGUAUGUGUGUGUGUGCAGGUCGUUCUACGCGGCUGUCAAGGCGUUCAAGGAGGGCUUCCAGCCAUUCGACUGGACGGCCGCCCUCAAGUAGACCAUAUGACAGGGCAAACAUCGGCAGGCAGCCAGUGGAUGCCCCAGUAAGUGGAUGAGUGGUCGUGCUGGGGUACAUAAGUGUGUGUGCAUUUUUCUCGUCGAUGCGUUGACGACAGACCGUUUCGAUUGAUCCUGUGCGAGAGACAAUGCCAUGCAUACACUCCCUCGUGUAAAGGGAUGUGUUUGUCGAAGAUGUGAUGAAGCC